CUUCCACCUACUAAAUAGGAUUUUCUGUCUACUCACUAUGCAACUUUCAUCUCUGCUGACCACAGCUCUUCUUGCUGCUGUACCAGGUUCAUGUGCACCAGCUCACGAGUGUGGCUGCAAGACUCCUCUUGUCCGUAAAGAAUGGAGAACAUUAAGCACCAAAGAGAAGCAUGAGUAUAUUGACGCCGUCAAGUGCCUUGCGACGAAACCAUCGCAGACUGGAAACAUCUACGCUGGUGCUAAGUCCCGUUACGACGACUUUCAAGUCAGUCAUAUCGUGAAUACUGACUUUAUACACUACGUUGGCUUCUUCCAAGCGUGGCAUCGAAUGUUUAUUGCUCAAUAUGAGAAAGACCUUCGAAAUCUUUGUUGCUACAGUGGAGCUCAGCCAUACUGGGACUGGACACUUGACUCGAGUUCCAUCGAAGAUUUCGGAAAGUCUCCCAUUUUUGACGCAGAGACAGGAUUUGGAGGGAAUGGCGUUUUUAUCGACAUCAGUAGCUGGACAAACGUGACUAGGCAGGUUUCUGGAAGGACAGGAGGCGGGUGCGUUACUGAUGGCCCUUUCGCCAAGGGGGAAUUUGAAGUGCAUGCAGGUCCAGACACCUCAACUGCUUACAACCCGCGUUGCCUGGCCCGCGACGUCGCUGCAGAAUAUGGCAUCUCGAAGCUCAACCAAACCGUAGUCGACUGGACUCUUGGGGCCAAGGACUUCUUCGAGUUUGACCAGCGUGUCCAAGGCGGCGUCAGUGCUGAGUCUCAGGGAUAUCACGGUGGCGGCCAUCUCGCUAUUGGCGGCAGUCUCGGUGAGAUGGGCGAUAUGUACUCUUCGCCUGGCGAUCCUAUCUUCUGGCUGCAUCACACUAACGUUGAUCGACUCUGGGAUAAAUGGCAGCGACUAGACUGGCCUGCUAGGAAGAGCGAUAUUAGUGGGCCGGACACCCAGUAUGGGUAUCCUUAUGACUUCUUCGGUGACAAGAAGUACAAGAAUAUCACACUUGCAUAUGUGAUGGACUUUGGCAACUUGCUUCCUGAUAGGCGGUAUAUCACUGUUGAGGAAGCUAUGGACACUCAAGGAGAGCGGCUAGGCUACACAUAUGACUCAUGAACAACGCCAAAUCGAGACUUAGACAUAUGGUAUAAUUCUUGGAUUAUAUUUGGAAACAUUAACUAUUACAGAAUAAAAUAUAAAGUCUUGUGAAGUGAACUCAUAGACAUCGAAGCUUAUGUCAUAGAGUCCCGCAGCAUGAUAUCAUGAA